AUGGAUAGUUCCCCGUCGAUGUCGCCCGCGCCCUCGCCGGGGAGGGCGGGGAGGCCACGGUUGUUCAUAAAGGAGAUGGUCCUCCGCAACUUCAAGUCGUACGCAGGGGAGCAGCGCAUCGGCCCUUUCCACAAGAGUUUCUCAGCUGUUGUUGGGCCGAAUGGCAGUGGGAAAAGCAAUGUUAUUGAUGCAAUGCUGUUUGUGUUUGGAAAGCGUGCAAAACAGAUGCGCCUUAACAAGGUCUCGGAACUCAUACACAAUUCUUCUAAUCACCAGAAUCUAGACAGUGCUGGAGUCUCUGUCCAUUUUCAAGAAAUCAUUGAUCUGGAUGAUGGGAACUACAGGGCUGUUGAGGGCAGUGAUUUUAUCAUUUCAAGAGUUGCUUUCCGUGACAACACUUCUAAAUACUACAUAAACGACCGUGGAAGCAAUUUUACGGAAGUAACUAAACUGUUGAAGGGCAAAGGAGUAGAUCUGGAUAAUAACCGCUUUCUGAUCCUCCAGGGUGAGGUUGAACAAAUCUCCCUGAUGAAACCAAAAGCUCAAGGUCCACAUGACGAGGGGUUUCUAGAAUAUCUUGAAGACAUCAUUGGGACAAACCAGUAUGUUGAGAAAAUUGAAGAAGCUUCCAAGCAAUUGGAAGUGCUCAAUGAAAAACGGACGGCAUCUGUACAGAUGCUGAAGCUGGCUGAAAAGGAAAGAGAUAGCUUAGAGAGUGCGAAAAAUGAGGCUGAAACAUUUAUGCUGAAGGAACUCUUACUUUUGAAAUGGCAAGAGAAGGCGACCACAUUGGCUUCUGAUGAUGCUACCUCCCAUGUUGCUCAGCUGCAAGAGAAUGUUGCAGAACUGGAAAAGAACCUUGCCUCUGAAAGGGAAAAAAUUCAACAUAGUUCUCAAACUCUGAAGGAAAUGGAGUCUAUUUACAACAAACAUGCUAAAAGGCAAGAGGACCUUGAAAAUAAUAUGAAGUCUUGCAAGGAUCAGUUUAAAGAGUUUGAGAGAAAAGAUGUAAAAUAUAGGGAGGAUUUGAAGCAUCUUAAACAGAAGAUUAAGAAGCUGGAGGACAAAACUGAAAAGGAUACAUCAAAAAUUGAUGAAUCAACAAAAGAUAUUGAAGAAUCGUCCAGUCUAAUUCCACAGCUUGAGGAAGAGAUACCCAAAUUGCAAGGGAAAUUUAGUGAAGAAGAGAAGGUGCUGGAGCAAAUUAAAGAAAGCUCUCGAGAAGAGACAGAGAGACUUCGUUCUAAACUUACUCAAGUAAGAUCUGAACUUGAACCAUGGGAAAAUCAAAUAAUUGAGCAUAAAGGAAAGUUAGAUGUUGCAUCUGCUGAGAAAAAACUAAUGAAAGAGAAGCAAGAUGGAGCCCGAGCAGAAUUAACUGCUGCUCAAAAUCAGAUGGAAAGAAUUAAGGAACAAAUAAAAGUAAAGGAUACAUAUAUUAUGGAGCUUCAAGAAAAAAUAGAGAAACAUCAUAGUGAAGCAUGUGAGGCUCAUAAGGUUGAACAGGAAUGCCUCAAAAAGGAAGAGUCCCUUAUUCCUCUUGAACAAGCAGCUAGGCAGAAAGUUGCUGAGAUUAAAUCCACAAGAGAUUCUGAAAAGAGUCAAGGCACUGUCUUGAAAGCAAUUCUGCAAGCUAAGGAAUCAAAGGAAAUAGAAGGCAUUUAUGGCAGGCUAGGUGAUCUUGGUGCAAUUGAUGCAAAGUAUGAUGUUGCCAUAUCAACAGCAUGCCCUGGGCUUGACUAUAUUGUUGUUGAAACAACAAAUUCAGCCCAAGCUUGUGUUGAGUUAUUACGCAGAAGAAAUCUUGGGAUUGCAACUUUUAUGAUACUGGAAAAACAAACACAUCAUCUUCGUAAGCUACAGGAGAAAGUAAAGACACCUGAAGGAGUUCCACGCCUGUUUGACCUAGUAAAGGUUAAAGAUGAGAAGCUCAAGUUAGCUUUCUUUGCCACCUUGGGGAAUACUAUUGUCGCAAGUGAUCUUGAUCAGGCCACGCGAAUUGCAUAUAGUGCAGCCAGCGAAUUCCGUCGAGUUGUUACCCUCGAUGGUGCACUUCUCGAGAAGUCUGGUACCAUGAGUGGUGGUGGUAGCAAACCAAGAGGUGGCAAGAUGGGCACAUCCAUUCGGGAAAGUAUCUCAGAAGAGGCUGUUGUAAAUGCUGAAAAUGAUCUUAAUAAGAUAGUUGAUCAACUCAAUAGUUUACGUGAAAAUAUUAAUGAUGCUAAAAAACGCUGCCGGGCCUUAGAAGAUGCCAAAGCCGGUCUUGAGAUGGAACUGGCAAAAGCUAAAAAGGAGGUUGAGAGUAUGAAUGCACAAUUUAGUUACAAUGAAAAGCGACUUGACUCUUUGAAAGUUGCAUCAAAUCCCAAAGUGGAAGAGAUUCGCAGAAUGGAAGAGUUGGAUGAUAUCAUAUCUACUGAACAAGCUGAAUUAAAUAGACUUGUUAAAUGUUCCAGCAAGCUCAACGACCAGGCAUCAGAACUACAGCAGAAAAUUGAAAACGCAGGGGGGGAAGUGCUCAAGGGUCAGAAGCUAAAAGUUGCAAACAUCCAAUCUCAACUUGACAAAACAAGCUCAGAUAUCAACCGCCACAAAGUUAGAAUAACUACAUGUGAGAAGUUGGUGAAAAAAUUAACCAAGGGCAUUGAAGAGUCUAAGAAAGACAAAGAAAAGCUUAUUGCUGAAAAGGAGAAGAUGAUGUCCAUUUUUAAAGAGAUUGAGAAGGCAGCUUUUGCUGUUCAAGAAGAUUAUAAGAAAACACAGGAGAUGAUUGACAGCCAUAAAGAUGAGCUUGACAAAACAAAGGCAGAAUACAACAAAUUAAAAAAAGCAAUGGAUGAACUGAGAUCCAGUGAGGUCGAUGUAGAAUACAAACUGCAAGAUACGAAAAAACUUGCUAAGGAGUGGGAAAUGAAGGUGAAGGCAUUCAGGAAAAAGCUUGGUGACAUUCAGACAAAUCUUGUCAAACACAUGGAUCAAAUUCAGAAGGAUGCUAUUGAUCAUGACAAACUGAAAGAAACUCUGAGUGAUGAGAAACUCAAUGAGACCUGUGACAUGAAAAAAGCAGUUGAGAUGGUGGCACUGUUGGAAGCUCAGCUUAAAGACUUGAGUCCUAACCUAGAUUCCAUAGAAGAGUACCGCACAAAGGCUCGUGUAUAUGGUGAACGUGUUGAUGAGUUAAAUGCUACCACUCAGGAGCGUGAUGAUCUUAAAAGGCUCUAUGAUGCAUUGAGGAAGAGAAGGUUAGACGAAUUCAUGGCAGGAUUCAGCAUAAUAUCUUUGAAACUGAAGGAGAUGUACCAGAUGAUUACACUUGGAGGCGAUGCUGAACUGGAACUUGUUGACUCCUUGGACCCGUUUUCAGAAGGUGUUGUUUUCAGUGUGAGACCUCCCAAGAAAAGCUGGAAAAACAUUGCCAAUCUAUCUGGUGGCGAGAAGACGCUUAGCUCACUAGCUCUGGUGUUUGCUCUUCACCAUUAUAAACCAACUCCCCUAUACGUUAUGGAUGAAAUAGAUGCUGCUUUAGAUUUCAAGAAUGUCUCCAUCGUUGGACAUUAUGUGAAAGACCGGACCAAAGAUGCUCAGUUCAUUAUUAUCAGUCUGAGAAACAACAUGUUUGAAUUAGCGGAUAGGCUGGUUGGCAUCUACAAGACGGAUAAUUGCACCAAGAGUAUAACAAUCAAUCCAGGAAGCUUUGGGGAGAGCAUGAAGGUAGUUUAGUGUUAGUGCUACGGAAGUUUGAAUUAGAUAAUCUGUGUGGUGCCAAAAUGGAACCGAGGUUCCUGCUGUAUCACCCUUCGUAGUACAAAUUCGUUUAACGUUGUACGUGUAUAGUCAUGGAAGGGAACAGAGAACAUUUGUUAACGUCACGUAUGUGACUAUUCUCCAACGGAACACAAUCUAAUUUAUUAGUAAGGGCUGCCGUUU